AUGUCCGCGAUCCAAAAGAGGCGGCGGUCCAAGGUCGCAUGCGACACCUGCCGAUCCUUCAAGAGGAAGUUAUCCGGUGAUACCGUGUGGCCCUUCCCCAACGGCAGCGCCGUCGAGACGCCGACAUCCGGCGUUCAUAGGCACCUCUGCUCGCUCGAGGCCAACUCCGGUGCGGCGUUUGCGCGAAAGCUCGCGCUCAAAAUCGACCCUAAAAAUGCGCCCCGCAUGCACCUCUUCGCCUGGAACCCGUUUCUCGGCUCUCGGGACGGGGCGAGACCCUCGAGUGCCGCAACAUUGCGGAAUUAG